ACCUUAGUGCUCGAAAUUGACAAAUCAAUUUGGUCAAUUUCCCUAACUUGCCUCCAAAAUCAUAUGGAGGGACUAAAACUCUACAAUGGACGAUCGAAAACAAUCAUCGAUUAACUUCACUCAGUCUCUCCCCAUCCACAGUCGCUCAAAUGGGCUUCUACGUUCUCAGAGCCCCUCCUUUCUCUUCCUCCACUACCAUUAUCCUCAAACCCACUUCUUCCGCUUCGCUUCUCUUCAAAUUUGGCUAUGCUCUCUACUCUUCACCCUUUUCCAAGUUUUCCUCCUCCUCCUCCUCCAGGACCUAUUUCCGAGCUUCUUCAGCCAGAUAUGUUGCUUCUACGGCCACUGCAAUUCCGCUUUCUGGGUCUUUACCUCGGAGGACUCGUAGUUUUCGUGGUGGGUUUAUUGCAGCUACAGCUGCACCUGGGUCAGUAUACAAAUCGGAGGAAUUGAAGCCUUCUAUUUCGCCUGAGCAACCUUGGGUUCAGAGAAAAAAUGGGACCGAGUCUUCAGCUUGUUUGGUAGAAAUAGGCUCCCAGUUGAGGUUAAUUGGCAGAUCCUUACCAGCUUCUGAAGUCCCUUUGAGAGGUCGUAUUUAUCAUGAAACUUAUGGGUGUCAAAUGAAUAUUAAUGAUAUGGAGGUUGUUCUAUCUAUCAUGAAAAAUGCUGGAUACAGUGAAACUGUUGACAUUCCUGAGACUGCAGAGAUCAUUUUUAUCAACACUUGUGCUAUCAGGGACAAUGCUGAACAGAAGGUGUGGCAGAGACUUAAUUACUUUUGGUUUCUGAAGAGACAAUGGAAAAGUAAUGUUGCCAUAGGAAGGUCUAAGUCUCAGCACCCUCCAAAAGUAGUUGUUUUGGGGUGCAUGGCCGAGAGGUUGAAAGAUAAGAUAUUAGAUGCAGACAAGAUGGUUGAUGUGGUUUGUGGACCUGAUGCUUACAGAGAUCUACCACGAUUAUUGGAUGAAGUAGAUUAUGGUCAAAAGGGAAUAAACACACUUCUUUCUCUCGAAGAAACUUAUGCUGACAUAAGUCCAGUACGAAUAUCCAAAAAUUCAGUCACUGCAUUUGUAUCUGUGAUGAGAGGUUGCAACAAUAUGUGCUCAUUCUGCAUUGUUCCUUUCACCAGGGGCAGAGAGCGGUCACGUCCUGUUGAAUCAAUUGUGUGUGAGGUUAGAGAACUUUAUAGAGAAGGUGUGAAAGAGGUUACUCUUCUUGGUCAGAAUGUUAACAGCUAUAAUGAUACCGCUGAGAAUGCAGACGUAGAACCAGGAACUAAUUGGAAACUCAGUGAUGGAUUUUCCACCAUAGCCAAGGUUAAGAAAAUGGGUUUGCGUUUUUCUGAUCUCUUAGAUCGUCUAUCCACCGAAUUUCCUGAGAUGAGGUUUAGAUACACUUCGCCACAUCCUAAAGACUUUCCUGAUGAAUUCCUUUAUUUAAUGCGAGACAGGCACAACAUUUGCAAAAGCAUCCAUUUACCUGCUCAGAGUGGGAAUAGCACAGUUCUCGAAAGAAUGCGUAGGGGAUAUACCCGAGAGGCUUACUUGGAUCUUGUGCACAAGAUUCGAUCAAUCAUUCCGGAUGUGGGAAUAACUAGUGAUUUCAUUUGUGGUUUUUGUGGGGAGACCGAAGAGGAACAUGCCGACACCCUAAGUCUGAUCAGUGAAGUUGGUUACGAUAUGGCUUACUUGUUUGCAUAUAGCAUGAGGGAAAAGACUCAUGCCCAUCGGAACUAUGUCGAUGACGUUCCAGAGGAAGUGAAGCAGAGAAGACUUACUGAACUCAUUGAAACUUUUCGGAACAGUACAGGACGGUGUUAUGAUUCGCAGAUUGGCAGUGUCCAAUUGGUGCUUGUGGAAGGACCAAACAAGAGAGCCCCAGAGACAGAGAUGAUUGGCAAGAGCGACAGAGGUCAUAGAGUUUCGUUCAUUAAUGUCGCAGUUCCACAUCGAGAUGGUGAUUAUGAUGGACAACGGAAAGCAGUGGUUGGUGACUUUGUGGAAGUCCGUAUCUCAAAAUCGACAAGAGCGUCAUUGUUCGGUGAGGCACUUGCCAUUACAAAAUUGAGCUCAUUCUACAACAGUAUGGAUGAAUCAAUUGCCUGUGUGAGCUGAUCUUCUAAUGAAUUUAGAUCGUUUUGGCUUUUGCUAAAAUGUUAUUGCUUUAGUGUUCAACUACCUCUUCAAUACCUGAGGGGUGCUUUAGUAUUGUUUUGUUUUUUAUUAGAUUAUCAUUGCAUCUUUUUCAAUGGGUAAAAAUAUAAUUGUAUCUUGGUUAUAGAUGCUUGUGAUUUAUGAAAGAGUAGUAGCAACGACCUUACUUGAGCAGGACCUGUUGUAUAGAUUGUACUACUAAUAAAAGUGGAAGAGUUGAGCUUUCAACAAUGAGAUUUGAGGCUUAAGUUGUUGAAA